AUGGCUCCGUCUCAACGCGAUGGUGGGAUGGCUGCCAGCACCUUGGACGAUGAGAGUGACAGUGAUGCCAGGUCCGUUCUGAGCGAGAUCUUUUCAGACAACGGGUCCGACGACGAGUCUGCCACUGAGGUGGAGUCAGACGAAGAGGAAUCCGAUGAUGAGAGCGAUUCAGAUGACGAUGAUCUCCACGAUGAAGGUCAACUGCCCGCAGAAGCGUAUUUGGCUAUUGCGGAGAAUCUCAAUGUCUCUCAGCUUCGACAGAAACGCUACAGUCCCAAUACACAGGAUAAGUUGGACGAGACCCGUGAGUAUUGGGAUAAGUACUGCCGGCACAUUCACGUGGACCCGGUCCAGCAAUGGAAACUCAUCUCCAACUCUGAUGAGACGGUCCGUUUUCUUUGUGCCUUCUUUAGCUGGCGGUGCGAUAUUCGUCGUGGAAAAAACGGUCGUCACUGCCCCGGGAUCAAAUAUAAGAGUUCGCUUCAGUCGUUUUGGAAAUGGUGGCAUCUUGUUCUGAAGCAAGAGACCUUGUCGGGACUCAGCAAAGAUACGAUCGUCAAGGUAGAGGAUGUCAUAGCAUUGGUGGCGACCGAGAAAAAGCUGAAAGAGGAGGGAAGGCCAAAAAAGAAUAUGUAUAUUAAAGAUGUAUCCGAGUUUGCGCGUGUCCUAUUGUCCACCACCGAAACGAGUUUUGGGUGUGGCUGGCGGCGGAUCCAACUUCUUUUAUACACUCAGCUCGCCGCUAUUACUGCAAGCUAUCCUGGAGCCCUCUUACACCUUCGCUACCAGGACCUGAGACUCAAACUUAUCCGUGAUCCAGAAGGAGGUCGACCGAAUUUGUUUAUUUUUUUGAAGCCGGACUUCACCAAGCGAUUCCUUGGGAAGAAAGCUCCGAACGAGUUCAAAAUCCCAGAAAUCAUUUUUGAUCCAACACUGACUCUGAGCCCGCAUAAACUCUACAGCGUCGGCAUUGGUGACGGCUUAAAUCAGCAGGAUCUGAAACUGAAGGACGAAAUCUUGGAUAAAUAUGUGUUUUGUCAGGUAGAGCGGGAGACAACCGGAUAUCGAAUUGUCUUGGAAAAGCGAAUGCUCAGCUCCACAUUGCGAUCUCAAAUGCGUCGUGUUGGUGAGAUCACAACCUUUGAAGACAUCGUUAAACCCUAUCUUCUUCGGUAUGCGGCAGCCAAGGAGUUCAAUAAUAGCGAGGAAAUUUCGGAGGCCUUACAGAAUGUCAUGAUGCAGCACUCGGACAUUCGAACGUUCAUCAGGCAUUAUGAGGUCGAUGUGGACGUGGACGCCCAGGGUAUUGUCCGCAAGACAGGGUCUCAAACGUCAUUGGUACGAUUUGCAUGCUCGCUCAGCGCGUCCAUCGACCCAAAUCGGCCAUACAAGUUGUCGACCGAAGAAUCUAGGUCCAUUAAUGAUCUUCCGGCGGUUCGUGCACUGCAGGACACCGUCCAUAGACGGAAACGGAAAUGGGACGCCCAAGCAGCGAAGUAUGAGCGAUACCGUAUAUCCUGCAAAGCCCUCUUUAGCCAUCUCGAUGAAGGAGCGCUUUCCAAACGCCAAGCCAAACGCCAAGCCAAACGCCAACGUCGGCUGCGAGAUAAGCUGGAAGCCUCCCAUGACCGGACAAUGGAAGCGAAGCGACGGCACAACCGAGCGGUUCGUGCACUACGCAAUGAGAAGCAGCGACAAAGGAACCAACGGAUCCGAGAGAACCUGGAGCGGUACCGGAAUGAACAACCUGUGAUCGACUUGGAAUGCCAGCUGGCAGGGUUGAUGGUCACUCCUCGGGUUAAGAAAACCUUACAGGACCGAGACUCGAUGUCUGCGCAGCAUCUGACUUUCAUCGACUGUAUGAUGGCUAUACCAGGUAAAACUCUCGAGGCAGAGUAUCAGCGCCGGAUUGCGGCGAUCGAUGCAGGCACGGUCUUUUGCGGUGUGGAAGAAGGCCGGCCGACACGUCGAGCCACUCAGUCUCCUCGCCGACCUGCGCCCGAUGACGGAGAUUCUUAUCGUUCUGCUAAACGGCAGCGCGUCGCCAUCAAAGAUGAGGAAGAUAAUGCCCUGCGUGACGCAAUCGAUUCUGUCCGCGUCACAUCCCGAGAAGACCGACCGACAAUCUGCUUCAUCUGCGUUGGAAAUCCCAAUAUCCCUCUGAAAGCCCGGACUGCAAAGUACGCAACGCCCGGUUCACUGACCCGGCAUUUUUUGCGAAAACACGUGAACCCACCAUGGUCGUCCGGUCGAGUUGUGUGUCAUAUAUGUGAUACGACCCCAAUACAAGACAAAAUGGAUCUUCUCAGUCAUGCCGAGGAUGUCCAUGGAACUGUCAUUAGAGGACGUAUGCAGGAUAAGCUUGCCUCAGAAUAUCGACAAGAUCAGAGAUGA